GAGAACUUCGUUCACUUGUUUACCUUUCCGACAGCAGCGAAGUCCACAUUUCCUCUGACUGCAUAUGAAUCCCUUCAUUCUUGAUUUCCUGUCAAUGGGUUUCAUUCUGAAGAGAAAGUGUUUCUGUUCUUGACACACAGCCUACAUUCCAUACCUCAGCCAACCAGACCCCUCCAAAAAGGACAGAGAAGAUGAUGGUGAGCACAGCCAACUACCUGUGGUCACUGGAAUAUGUGCUUGGGCAGGGGACCACUGCCAGCAUCUAUAAGGCCCGCAACAAGAUGACAGGGCAGCAGGUUGCGGUGAAGGUGUUUAAACUGAUGAGCUACAGUCGUCCGUACGAGGUUCAGAUGAGAGAGUUCGAGAUGCUCAGGAGACUCAACCACAACAUCAUCGUCAAGCUCUUCUCCGUGGAGGAGCUGAGGAGUAAACAGAGGGUGUUGGUGAUGGAGUAUUGUUCAGGAGGCUGUCUGUUCAGUCUGCUGGUGGAGCCAGAGAACGCCUUCGGUCUACCAGAACCAGAGCUCCUCAUAGUACUACAUUGUGUGGGUCAGUGUGUGUGUGGGUGGAGGCGAAGAGAGGUUAGGAGCCGGGGGAUGAGAUGGUGUGCCCCCCCCAAUCAUUUGGAUGAACCAUUCGUCCUAUUUCCUCUAGUGCACGGGAUGAACCAUCUGCGUGAGAACAGGGUGGUGCAUCGAGAUAUUAAGCCUGGGAACAUCAUUCAUCAGGUGGGAGAGGACGGGAGGUCCAUCUAUAAGCUAACAGAAUUUGGAGCGGCCAGAGAACUAGAGGACGAUGAGAAGUUUGUCUCCCUCUACGGGACAGAGGAAUACGUGCACUCAGACAUAUAUGAGUGUGCAGUGCUGCGGAAACCCCAGCAGAAGGCCUAUGGUGUGAGUGUUGACCUGUGGAGUAUUGGAGUGACGUUUUACCACGCUGCCGCCAGUACUUCACCCUUCACACCCUACGGAGGACCCCGCAAGAACAAGCCCACCAUGUAUAAGGUCACCACAGAGAAGCCGGUAGGGGCCAUUGCUGGAGUCCAGAGGGUUGACGACGGCCCUAUAGAGUGGAGUUACCGCCUGCCACAGAGCUGCCAGCUCUCUAGGGGUCUGAGUGGUCAACUGGUGCCAGUGUUAGCUGGGAUACUGGAGGCAGACCAGGAGAAGUGUUGGGCAUUUGGCCAGUUAUUUUUUGCCACCACAGAGAUACUACAGAGAGUCUCAGUCCAUCUGUUCUGCCUGCAACAGGCCGCAGCUCACCGCAUAUACAUUCACCACCACAACAGGUGGUGAUGAGGUCUUGGCUGGUUUCUUUUGAUUUUCCCAUGAUGUCAAGCAAAGAGGCACUGCGUUUGAAGGUAGGCCUUGAAAUACAUCAACGAAU